AUGGUGCUUCCACCACCAGACAAGCGCCACGUGUGCCUGACCACGGUAGUGAUCAUGAGCAGCAUGGCCUUCAUGGAUGCCUACCUGGUGGAGCAGAGCCAGGGCCCCAGGAAGAUCGGUGUGUGCAUCAUUGUGCUGGUGGGGGACGUGUGCUUCCUGCUGGUCCUGCGCUAUGUGGCCGUGUGGGUCGGGGCUGAGGUGCGCACUGCCAAGCGUGGCUAUGCCAUGAUCCUCUGGUUUCUCUAUAUCUUCGUGCUACAGAUUAAGCUCUACUUCAUUUUCCAGAACUACAAAGCCGCCAGGCGCGGUGCGGCCGAUCCCGUGGCGCGCAAGGCGCUGACGCUCCUGCUGUCGGUGUGUGUGCCAGGCCUCUUCCUGCUGCUCGUGGCCCUAGACAGCAUGGAGUACGUUCGCACUUUCCGCAAAAAGGAGGACCUGCGUGGCCGCCUCUUCUGGGUGGCCUUGGACCUGCUCGAUCUGCUGGACAUUCAGGCAAACCUGUGGGAGCCUCCGCGCACAGGGCUGCCCCUCUGGGCUGAGGGCCUUAUGUUUUUCUACUGCUACAUGUUGCUACUUAUCCUGCCUUGUGUGUCCCUCAGUGAGAUCAGCAUGCAGGGGGAGCACAUUUCCCCCCAGAAGAUGAUGCUCUACCCUGUGCUCAGUCUGGUCACCGUCAAUGUGGUCACUGUCCUGGUGCGUGCGGCCAAUAUGGUGCUCUUCCACGACAGUCGCGUCUCGACUAUCUUCAUUGGCAAGAACGUGGUGGCUCUGGCUACCAAGACCUGUACCUUCCUGGAGUACCGACGCCAGGUUCGCGACUUCCCACCCCCUCACGGGGCUCUCGCCCUGGAAUUGCAACCGCCUCAACCCCCCCCACCCCAACUGCUGCACAACUCAGUGCCUCAUGCGCCCCCCAUUCAUAGUGGCCCUGGUGCCCCCCACGGGCCUUCCCCUACUCGGGACACACUGGACACGUGA